AAGCAGAUCAAUCGUGUGAAAGAGAUCUAGAAGGUGAAAACCAUGCCGAAUAAAAAGAAAAACAAUCAAGCAAGGAACCCUUUUUACUUCUUUAUGGUUUCUUUGCGGCCCCAACUAGAAAGGCAGGGGGUAGUUUUAGAAAAUGGCAUGAGAUCAUUGGCAGAAAUUGCUGGCCCUCGAUGGAAGGUAAGUUGGCUGAUGGUGUCAUUUAAGAGAUUCCAGGUCCGAAUAAUACCAGGAGGUUUAAAGGUUCAUUGUUUUUCAUCUCAAAAUCAAUACACAUAUGACUGAAACUUUGUACCUAGAAAGAGCUUUCUACGAAAGUGAAAGGAUUUUUGAGAAUUUCCUGUAGCAUCGCGUGCCGAGGAAUGCUUAAACGAUCUGACAGUAACUCGAACACUGGUAAAAAUAUUGGUUUAUUCUGCCAUGUGUUUUUGAGUUGUACACUGUCUAAUUGUGAAAUGAAUUUUUCCUCUUGUAUACGAGAUGCAGCAGUGAUGGGGAAGGCUUUAACAGAGAGGUUUUUUAGCCAAAGCUAUACUUUUACUAAGAAUUGUUUUUGGAAAUGGAGCGAAAACAGGGGCAUCUAUUACCUAAGAAGAACAACAAACUGUGGUAAAGUUUCCGCACAGCCCCAUACUAUUGUAAAACAAAUCUGUUUUCCCAACGGAAAUGUAUUGUUUUUGUCAUUGUUUUCUCUGUUCAAGAACUGAAUGCAUAAUGUAGGAUGGGGCUGUGCGGAAAUUUUACCCAAACUGUGGCUACUAACUGUACGGCUGUAUUUUUCAAAAUAAGCAGCUGUGGAAACAAUACUACGCUUGUCAAAUCAAAACAUGAAUACAAUGUUUUUGUAUUGUGUUUUGCAUUGUCUAAGUAAACACUAAAAGGCUGAUGUGCAAACGAUUAUAACCAUUGUCAUUUAACUUUGAACUUCAAGGAGUGACAUGCACAUAAGUUUUCCCAGCAUUGCUUAAUAUAGCCAUAUUCUAUGUUGUAAUAAGUAUAUGACAAGUUAAUGAGAAUUCCUCAAUAAACUAUUUCACAUUGAAUGUUUCAUGAUAGUGUAGUCAGAAUUGGGGAAUAUUGUCUGCCAGGAGGCAUGAUCUUGAUAAACAAUGUUCUCAGAUACUUUCUGAAGAAAUGUUGCUUGGAGAAACAAACAGCUUUACAGGAGUAAAGAAGAAGAGAAAUAAGGGAGAUAAUGUCCAGCAAAUAAAUAUAUAUACAGUAUUGACCAAGGGUGGGGUAAAGAUGGCAGGAUAUUGGCAGAGUCUUUUUUUUUUUUGUACUAUUAUGGACCUUGACUUUAUCUCAGUCCAUAAAAAAAGCAAAAAGGGAAUGAGGGCAAUAUCCAGCUAUCUUGACAGAAACAAGCUUGAUCAACAAAGGAUUAAUUAUAAAACAGUGAUUUCUCUGUUUCAACUCUAUGAAUAGACAAAUAUAAUCAUUUAUCUGUAACAACAGCAAAACGAUCUUUUUAAAAUUAGAUCAGAAUUAGAGGCGUUUGAAUUUAUAAACAAUAGCCUCAAUUUGGCCCAUAAACAUGCUUGCACAUUUGGCAGCAGAUAUGAUCUGUUUUCUGAGAACAAGCUCAAGGAGAACUGUGAGCCUACAAGAACAGAUAAAUUCCAAGGACAAAUUUACAAGCAUAUUUUUGCGCCUUCAAAUUUUUUUGUAACACUUGGGAAAAAAUGGUUUCAAAUUGUUCACUGUUUACUGUAUGUGGGAUGUUUUCUUUCCAUUAUUUUCUUGUAUGACUUUAUGAGAAAUAAAUGUCCCUUCAGUAACAAUAGCUAAUAAAAUGCUCUUUCAUCUUGAAUUAAAUUUUGAAGGAAAGCCUUUAUCAUAGUAGAUGUAAGGUUUGACAAUGGUGGAGUAUAUCACUAGGGGUAUUUCCUUGAAUAUUCUCCAGUUUUCAGUUGGGGCAUAUCCAAUCAUGAUUAUGAUGCUAGAUAUUCCCCAAUUUUACCUGGUGCAUAUUCUGUAAUAUGAUUUGUAUAAAACCAAGGAUGCAUGAACAAGGAGAUUAGAUGGAUUACAAUGUUAUUUUAAACUUGUCUUGUCUUGUUGAAUUUUUUUACUCCACCUGAUAUUUUAAGCCUAGAUAGUUUUCAUUGCUUUUGCCUUUGGACUGAAAACUGUUUAGAAAUUAAGGUUACUGUAGAAUAUUUUCUCUUGUGUGAUGACAGGAACUACCUGAGCAUGAGAAAGAGGUGUAUCAAGAAAUGGCUCGGCAAGACAAAGCAAAUAAGAAAUAUCGCCCUGCUCGAAAUGAUAAAAUGGACUGCACUGGAGAGUAUAUAUCUGUAAGUUAGUCACAGCAACUCUGAAAUAAUGCUACUUUAGGGCAAGAAGCUUCAGACCUUCUUUAGAGUCACCAAAAAUCAUAAUUAGAUUAAACCAUUAACAGGGCCUCAAGCUCAGAUUUUUUUCAAAGUUGCCUUUUGGCAAAUUAAAAUGUAAGUUGAACCUGUAUGAACCCUUUAGCCCCUAAGAGUGACCAGCAUCUAAUUUCUCUGUACUAUAUCACCCCUGAAUGAAACAUGAAAGUUAUGAGAAUAGAGAAGAUGAUCACCAACUAAAGCAGCUCUUGAUUGUAAAACAAAUUCUCCUUGUCAGCCUCUUUGCAGAUGUAUGGAGAACAGUAUGGAGAAUAUGCAUACUGAUGGUAGGGUGUAAAGGGUUAAGCAGUCACCCAAAAGGAGUGGCAGGGUGACCACUUCAUACAGGUUCCACAGAAUAGGGGUUUCAUACAAAAAAAAGAUUAAAAAUACCCUUUUAUACUAUAAUUGACCACUUAAUGUAUUCAAACUCUCUUAAAAAUACUACCAACAUUGGUUUUGGGAGAGGAAUAUGGAUUAAAUUUUACAUAAAAGAUUAUUCAUAGUUUUACUUGGGUGGUUCCCCUUAAGUGACCGUUCAAUGCAUGUGGAAGACAAUGCAAACAAGCUGGUGGGACUCAGUAAAGGAUGACCACAACUUCUUUACCCUUUCACUCCCACAAGUGACCAAGACAGAAUUUCUCCAUACAAUAUCAAUACAAUAUCAAGCAGGUAGGUGAUGGGAAUAGAGAACAAUAUCAAUUAUGGGUUUAUUAGUUGAUCCAAUACCAAAUUCUCUGAACUAACAUCAUAAGAAUUGCAUGGCAGACAGUAAGGAGAAAUACCAAUGAGAUCUAGGGAGUGAAAGGGUUGAUAGAGGUGACCACCUCAUUGAGAUGAAAAUUACAGUGAUUAGGGGGAAAAAUUUGGGACUUUGAAAACCGACUGCUAAAGCCCUAAAACAUACUGAAAACCCUUUAACUCCCAGGAACUGAUUGUUUAUUCUCCCCUCUAGCUGCUACAUAUUUCCUUGUAAAUUAGUAAUGAGAAUUUGGUGUUAGAUCAAGACAACAACUUCUUCCUAAUAGGUUUGUGUAUUCUCUUCACCUGUUUGUUGGAUAAUAUAUGGAUACUCUAAGGAGAAAUCACAUAUUGAUCACUUUGGGGAGUUAAAGGGUUAAUGCAGUAUGACUGCUUAAUUCAGUGCCACUUAACGCUAGUGUGACUGUAUUUACAUAUCAUACUUUAAACCAAUGAAGAGAUCUACUGUAGCAUCCAUUUUACAUGACAGUAUAUUUUUUUAUUUGCCUGUUUGGUCAGAUAUGAUACUAAACAAUUUUGCAGGAUAUUUACCUCACUGUUUUGCGGUCUGGUAGAUAUCCGACACUUACAUUAACAUUGAGGUGAAUAAUUGUUUUAGUAUACACCACAUAGAUACCCCAAAAUCAGUUUAUUUCUUUCAAUAUACUGCAAAAUAAUCAGAAAUUGAACUCUUGACAUAAGGUUUUGUCUGUUUGGCUGCUUAGAAGUGAAUAGUACCAGCUAUUCACUUUCCAACUGGCUAAUCAGAGCAGGCAAAGACCACUAUUCACUUGUGUGGUAUAUAUGCUAAUAUGAGUUCUUUUAAUUACAGAGACGUGUAGAUACUGUAAGUUUGAAUGAAAAACGAAGGAAAGAAGAAAGAGAAGAAGUAAAGAGAGGUUGGUUACCGGGAAGAGGUGAGAGGAUAAAAUGCUGUGUCAACAAUACUGCUAUUUCUAUGGGACUGUGAACAUAUGAAAAUCAUAUUUGUGAACUGUGGUUUAAGGAAUGAAUAUGAAAGCAGUCUAUGCAGUAAUGAUCACUUCUUGCAUGUAAGCAGUAGUGAAAAUAAGGCCUGAAAAAAAUUCAGACCUGCAUGGGAUUUGAACUCAUGACCUCUGUGAUACUGUAUAGUACUCUACCAACUGAGCUAACAAGGCAACUGGGAGCUGGUCAAUAGGUUGGUUCAUAAUAAACCUGUGAAGUGAUGAAUGCAUGUGAUUGUGACUGUAUGAAAACCAUGUAUGAGAAUUGUGGUUUAAGAAAUUAAUAUGAAAGGGACCUUUGCAGUGAUGAACACUACUUGAGCAGUAGUGAAAAAGCUCCCAGCUCACAUUGUUAGCUCAGCUGGUAGAGCACUGUACUGGUAUCACAGAGGUCAUGGGUUCAACUCCCAUACAGGCCUGAAUUUAUUUUCACUACUGCUUAUACAAGUAGUGUUCCUUACUGUGAAGAUCGCUUUCAUUUUCACUACUAUUUGUCUCUUACUGGUAUUUGUCAUGCCAGUAACUCCAAAGCACUAUUUUCCAAUUUCUCUGACAACUGCUAAGGCCUUAAUACUUGUAGAAUACUAUGAUCUCUGUCUUCCAUUGCUACUUUGAGUAAUCAUCUCCCACUGUUUAAAUGAUGGUGUUAUUUUUUUUUUGUUAACUGAACUAUACAAUUAAACCAUUCACAGCCUUGAAUCAAUUUACCAAUCUUAACUGCUUGUAGAGUUUCUCAAAUCAUUAAAAAUUUAACCUCACUUGGUUGUCUUUUGGUCUUUCAGCCAUAUGUGAUGAAAAGUUCUAUAUGAUCGGGUUCAUGUCCCUGUACGAUCUUCCCGAUGAAGGAUUCCUUCCUUGUGAGUUAGGUGUAGUGGAAUAUUCGCUGAAUGGAGGAAUAAUGCGGAAGAUGCACUAUUUUAUCAAACCUGGUAUGUACUUUCUUACUUUCAUCCCAUCAGAAAUUUCACUGAAAAUUUAAUAUGCAAGCAAGCAGCAACUCACAUAAGCUAUGCCUUCAUUACAUAAUUAGCCUGCAGAGACUGCAUGAUUUUGGCUCAGGAAGUGCUCAGCGUUCUUGUGUGUGCUUUGAGCAUGAACUUGCAGCAUUGUGAGGAGUGGCUGCUCAUCACUCAGGCAGUUUUCCCCACCCCUUCCCUCCCUCUUUCCACUGUUUAUUCAGUGUGAUGGGUGCCUGUUACCCUUUCCUGUGUGGGGGCUUAUGGAUGGGUUGCCAGGAUUUGCCAGCCAUGGGAGAAGUCUCCAUCUAAGAGCUGUCUCCAUCUAGGAGCUGACUGCCAGUAGUGGAAGGUCCUCAAUGUUUCAGGUACCCAACCUCCACUUAGCAAUGCAUUUGUUAAUUAGCAAAAGUUAUAGCUGCAUCUUUGAUUCGUAUAGCAGCAGAAGGCUGGAGAGUAAAAAAAAUUUGUCCUUACAAAUUUGAAUGAAAGAAGAGGGAAGGGACUGAGGAAAUAGAAAUUUCUUUUUCCUGCCCCUUCUCCAAACAUCCAAUCUAACUCUGAAUGAAUCACGAGCUUUUUUUCUUCAAAGUGCAAAAUCAAAUUAUGAUGAUUUCGGUUUUUACAGGUGAAAUUAGAGUAGGCCUUCGGUACACAGCUGUGAGUACAAGUAAGUACAAACUCUGUAUGUUGACAUCAUUUUUGUUUAUUAUUAUGAUUUAUCAUUGAAGACUCAGAUAAUAUGCAAAUAUAUGCAUUAUUGACCAAGUGUGAGGUCUUAAAGAUGGCUGGAUACAAAUGUAUUUGCCAAGUCUUUCUCCUAUGUAUUUUAUGGACCAAGACAAACAGGAGUCUACAACGUAAAAUUUCCUAGGGAAACUGGAGCCACUUAGAAAGGAGACUGAGGCAUGUUUGGUCUUCAAAACUACAUGUACCAGCCCAGUAUUCCAAACUUCUCAUUCAUUGUCUGAAAAUGGGUUACUUGUCCUCAACCUCAUGUCCUUCACUGUUUAGGUGAAAGAACUCAUCAGAUCCCAGUUGAAGGUUUGGCAAAAAGAGAUGACAGCCACCACAAGAUCUGGCUGGAUCUGUUACGCUUUGUCAAUCCAGAGCAAACUCCAAUUUUUCCUCCUGUGUAUUGCAGGGUAAGUCUUGUAAAUUAUUCUUGGAAAUUCAUUAACGAGAAGGAUGGAUGCCUUGUAUCACAAACUUUGACAUGCUCUUUAAAUGUUGUUAAUCCUUUACACCUUAACAUCAGUAUGUGUUUUCUCCCUACUGUUCUCUAUACAUUUCCCUAGAUCCUGACAAUGGGAAUUUGCUGAAAAAUCAAGAGUUUCUUUGUUUGGAUAUCAUUUCCUUUAUUACCAUGACCUUGAUUUGUGAUUCAGGGGUGAUAUUAUAAGGAGAAAUUAGAUGCUUUUCACCCUAAGGCAGGGUGUAAAAUUAAUAUUUUUUCUGAUAGCCACUUGGCUCCUAAAUUCUUCAAAGUGGUAGCCAAUUAAAAAAAGUUGGUCACCAUUUUCAAAGACAAACGAAACCUUUUUUAUUAUGUCAGCGCUCUAGAUAGACCCUCUAAAAUUAAGGUAGGAAAAAGAUCUUUAACCUGCCACAAAGUGGACACUAGGAUGGAGGAUAUACAACGUUCAAGCUCACUUACAUCCUAAAUCCAAGAUGGCGUUUAGCUAUUGAUCAAGAUGCAUGUGCUAUGUUUUGUAAACAAACCUAAUGAGGAAGUUUGCUGCGGAUUUAUCUUUUGCAAAUCUUUUUAAUUCACCAUAUCUCUAAGUAAGGUUAUGAUGAAACAUUCUAGUCGCCAAUUUGGCAACUAAUUUUUAGGAUUUGGUCAACAAAGUAAAAACCGCAAUUUCACACCCUGGCCCUAGGGUCAAAAGGUUAAAUAUGCUGAAGCUACACUGGACCAACUAGAACGAUCAGCUUGCCAAUGGUGGCAUACACUUAAUAUACUGUAACAUUUGCCACUUUUAAAAAUUGACUAAUUAAGCUGGUUUAGCUCUGACCACUUGUAAUGGCCUUCCCCGUGAGCGCUAUUAAAUUUCUUCUAAGCAUAAGGUGAAUAUUGGUGACCCUUGCAAAACAAAAGUGAUGUUUAAAGUAUACAACAGAAUAAUGGUUGAUAUUUAUGAUUUUUAGUGAGGAGUAAAAAGAACUUACUUGAUUUUUAUCUCUCACUUUUCAGAUAUCAGAAACAAAACAAACUGAGUAUUGCCUUCAGUGGUUGGCUAGAAAAGCAGGUAAGACAACAAGAAACAGAAUAGAUUUGUUAGGAAAAUUCCUUAUUUACUCAGCAGGGUAGUUUCACCUUAUCCUUUUAUCUCCCGAUAGUGAUAGACCUGCAAUUUCCAACUUCUCCCUAGACUAUGAGUUGUCCCUUAUUUUUUUUGGCAAAGUCUGUCGAAAAAAAUCAGUAAAAAAAUAUUAAUGUUAGCGUACUUCAGCAUUCUUUCCAAAUAAACGUAAAGUGCAGUACAGCUGUAAGCAUGUCAUUAUUUGAUUAUAAAUAAUUUAUCUCAUUUUGCACUAGUUUAGCACACAUGCAUAGUGCAGACCUAAUUUUUACUGUUGGAGAAGGAUAAUAGGGAAUAAAACAAUCAAAGCAUUUUGAUAAUUUUAAAACAAAGAAAAAUUGAACCACAACAUAUGUUUUCUUGACACUGUGCAUUACAUGCAAUCUCUAGGAUCUUAGAAGAAAAAAAAUAAAUGUAUAUUUUAAGAUUCUUAAAGGGAACAUCAUGUUAAUUGCAACAAUAAUAUCAAUUUGUUGCCAGUUAAUCAGAAUUAAUCAGACAAAAUUUGAAUUAAUUAUUAUAGAAUCAGUAGUUAUAUAAUGUAGUUGUUGAAUAAUACAAUGUUGUACCCUUGAAGAGUUCAAAAGUUCUUAUAAUGUUAGUUUGGAGAAUUUGAUAUUGGAUCAACUAAUAAUCCCCUUAUUAUUAUCUUUUCUCAUCACUUGUCUGCUUGAUAUUGUAUUGACAUUGUAAGGAGAAAUUCUGUCUUAGUCACUCAUGGGUUACCAGUAAAGUAAAAGAGUCAAUUGUAAUUGCUGAAAAUUUUCUUAAACCCAUCUCUGGAAUCAAAAGGCCAGGAUCUGCUUGACCCAGUUUCACUGAGAUGAAAGUACAGGUAAAUUUUCCAUAGCCUCCUUCUUUGCAGAGUGUUUACCAACCCCAUCUACCAACCAGGUGAAGAACUUACUGAUCAUGUGACUGUGGGAUUUGCUGUCUUUAUUUCAGAAAUGCCAAACAAAUUGAAGAAAGUGUACGAGUUAGAAGGAGUAAUAUGUGACUUACACUCACAUUUCACGGCUGAAUCUGGUAGUACCAUGGGGAUUUCCAAGUCAAAGGCAACAGAGCUUAUCUCCAGUACUAUUUUUGAUUAUGAACCAAAUUCAAGGUAUUUGUUUGUCACUUUGUCUUGCAAAUGUUUCUUUUCCUUUCCAUUUUUUUUCUAAUUCCAUCAUACUUCCUUCAGACUCCUCUUCAAAAAUUUUGGAUUAUGAAGCUAAUUUCAAAAUAUAUUUUGGCACAUACAGUAUCCUAUUUCCCAUGCCCCAUCUUCCUUUUUUCCUUCCCUUUUUUUAAAAUUCUUUUAUCCUUUGCCCAGACCCAAAGAAAAGGGAAAGAAAAAUGUAAAUCUUUAUGCUACAGUUAUAACUGGCUGAUCCAGUUGUUGUGUACAAAAUGAUGUAUAAGCCAGAGGCCUUUGCUAAAUCAUUUAGAACUAAAUUGUUCAAAUCAAACAAAACUUGGUUUAAAGCUCUUGCUACCCAGCAGGAAGUGAAAGCAGUUGGCUAUUUUCAGCAUGAAAUGGUUCUUCUCAGGACUAUGAAGAAACAAACCCAAGCUAGAAGAGCUGAACUGGGCAAACUAAUGCCUUUCCCAUGUGUCUUGGAAAUUUAAAUUAUUAUGCCCUCAGACAGUCCUCAUCGAAGCCUGCAAUACAAUACAUUGUUGUACGAUUGUUGUUGUUGUUUUUUAUUAAAUCUCUUUUUUCUCAAUGCAUAAAAGGAAAACUGACUAUUUUUUUUAAUUUUCCAGGUGUGACUGGCAUGAAAAACAGGAAGUAAAGUUCUGUGCUUUGGGAACAGUCUUGCGAUACUGGUAAAUAAAAAUUGAAGAAUUAAGAUGGGUUGCACUUGUUGCCUUUGUAACUAUUGUUUUACAAAGUUUAUCCUGUUCUGUAUGGAUAAGUGAGAGCCUCCUGGUUAGCAUGUGGGACAAGCCAGGUUUAAGCCCUGGCAAGAUCACUUUUGUUGGAUACUUGGGCAGACACUUAACACUUGACCCAUCCAGUUAUCUAAUUGGGUAAAAAAAAUGGUGUAGAUGGGUAAGGUAACCACAUGAUGGACUGGCUUUUUAUCUAAGGAGGAAUAGCCUUACUGGUAGUUGCUUCAUGCUACUGAAACUGGGCCAAGCUUUCAACUAGUAGUAUGGGCUGUGCGACUCAUAAGCUGAGGACCUUUUGUUUUCAUUUUUUUUUCCCAAGCUACUGCAUAUCAGAUUUCUUGUGCUCAGUUUAUGGAAUCCCACUGACUCCAAACCAUGUACCAGAAAGACCAGAUGGAGUCUUCUGUACUGUGAUUAAGCCUGCAGAUAGCAAAGGAUCAUCCUCUCGAGAAGAAACACAGCCCAGAUAUUCAAAUAGACCUGUGGAAGAUAAUAGGCCUUUUGCCUCAAGAGAUUAUUGCUAUUCUAAUGGUGGAGCCAGAAGUAAAGGUAAGGUAGUUUUCGUUUUCAUCUGCCUCACUAUACAGAAUAUCCACUGAGGCUCUUUAACUUUAUGUCCAACAGGCAUAAUAUACACACAUACUAGUUCUUUUUAAACCUUUUCUUACCCUACCUACAUUUUAUGUUAAGCUCUCUGGUCAAAUUUCUUGUAUCGGUGAGUGAUGUAGAUUUGAAGACAUUUGAUGAUAUAAAAGGUGAUGAGCAUUACCCAAGGGAAGUAUGAAGACAGAAAUAAUUCCGAAUUUGCAUUGAUUCUUGUUUCAAAAUGAGAAGUUUCAAGUUAAAACUCACUCAAGUAUGGUGAGAUGAACACCACUGAUUAAAAAAAAGUUUGAGUACAGCCCCAUCUAUGUUCACUUCUAUGAAGUUGGAGGUGAAAAUGAUACUUUUCCCCGCUCUUUACAGUUUAAAUUAUUGUUGAAGUCAAUAGAGCUGUUUUGUUCCUCUUAAUUUUCUUAUAGGUCUUUCCAGUAAUCAAGGUGUGUAUACUCGCUCAGGACCCACCUAUGACCAACAAAGUCUGCAUGAUGACAGUGAUGAUGACACUGUAUACACGAGGAGAGCUCAAGCACCACCACAGUCUACAGCUUGGCAGUUUCCACAAAGUCGUCAGGCCCAAGCCCAGCAACCAACAUCUACCUUUGGAGUGGGUAGAGGAAGGGGAAGGGGACGUGGUAUCCAACUGUCACAGCCUCUUCGACGACCAAACAUUCCCGGCAUGGCAGCAAGAGGAGUCUUAGCUCAUCAAGGUAGGUCUUGAAUAGAUAAUUUAUUUGCCAGUGUUUGUUACUACCCAUUGGCUAACUGGGCAACUUCCAUCCAAUUGGUACAUAGGGCAGCAACGAAGGCUCUCCACUCCUGUCUGUUUUGGGCCAGCUUGGUGAUGAUGCUCCAUGUGUGGUUCCAGACUUUGAGCUCUCCUUCCACUUUAAGAAGCCAAGUGUUCGUUUUUGCCGGACACAACUUUGGAUGAUUCUAGGCUAUUUUCAAUUUUUCCUCUACCCCUUGAAGAAGUUGAGUUGGGCGUGACUUAAGGGUUAUUUGACCUCAAAUUACAUGUAUAAGGGCAAUCAUAAUUUUUACUCUAAUGAAAUUAUAACCGUAACACUCUAACAUCAGUAUGCAUAUUAUCCGUAAAGUUGUCUAUGGUGCUUAUUAGAAUAGUUUUUGUAACAAUCAAGAGCUUGUUUAGUUAAUAAUCAUUUCCUAUAUUCGUGGGACCUUAAGGUUUGCGAUACGUGCCCUUUGAUUGGCUCUCGGCUUCUUCAACUAGCUUGUGAAAGAAAAUUUAUUUCGCACCAUUUAAAUGUGUAAAUUUCAGUUUGUAUAUAAUCUCGCUAAGUAACAUUAGCGGUGUGAUGUUGUUAUAUUUCUUUUUGUUCUCGUCUUGCUGUAGAAACAUCUUGGAGCAGUAUUGCUAUCACGAAUAAAGCGCCACCCCUUGAAGGUAAUACGACAGCAUGGGCCGGAACAGAUUUUCCGCCACACCCAGUUGGCCGAGGUGCAUCACGACCAUUGAACAAUCAACCACGGGCCUAUGCUGGGGCAUUGAAUCCACCAGCUGCCGCUCAGGCACCAAUGCCGCCAACAGCCUGGCAACAACCAGCUUGGCAACAACCAGCCUGGCGACCAGGGGGUGGUGUAGCAUCACAGAUGAGUUCCCUUUCCCUGGAUGACUGACACUUUCUUCAGAAAUGUGUAAAUUUCACCAUGUCUCUUUGCAAGGCGUACUCUUUCAACAGAGUUAUGAAAUUUUCCUUCAUGUGAUCAGUAUGCUUAAAUCCUGAAAGCUCUGCUGAAAAAGAGAAAUCAGUCUAUGACGCCUUUCUACGAAAUAUAUUACCUAUAAUUUUGAUCUUUAAGAAAUCGCCAUCCCUUAUUUUUGAACCACAUAGUUCUAAGCCUAACGCACUAUCUUUUUUCGUAUAAUAAACUGAAUUCCACCUGCAUUUUGAUGGGUUCUCAAAAACGAUCUAGUAGAUGACGACACCAUGAACAACAGUUUUACUUCUUACUUAUGUAGUAAAAAUAGAUUCCUUAUUGCCGUGUGUCUGUUUAGUAAUAACCACGACAGGACAAAUUGCCCAAUUCUAAGUUACACACGUUUACAGCUGUGCUACAACUUUGCUCACGUGUUACAUAAAAGUACACUCGUUUUCAGCCAAUCAGAAGCGCGUAAUUUUUUUCAGGUACAUUAGCAAUGCAACAAAUGGGAAAUACAAAAUCCUUUUUUAAGAUUAUUUCUAACAGCUAUAAUUUAAUUUAUGUCAUUAUAUAGAUACUGAUGAAAUACCAGGAUAUUCCCUUUUACUGAAAAGUCAUAUCUUCAUCGCGCGCAGUGAAGAUACUAUUUUUAUCUUUCACGUGUGAGGAUAUUGGUGUUGCCGUGGUAACUAACAUGAUUAGCCAAUUACAAGAGAGCUUCCCGCUCAGGCACGUGGCCGGUUCGCACGUAUCCCCGCGCGGCCAUGUAAUAUCCUCUAUUUCUUAUUAUAUAAUAAGCUCAGUUAUGCACGCAUUCUGAUUGGUUCUCACUAAUGAUCUAUUGGAGGAUAGACGUAUAGAUGACGUCAUCAUUAAAACCUUUUCUAAUUCUUUAUUAUAUAAAACAAAUAGAUUCCAAGUUGCCGUGCGUCUGUUCAGUAUUAGAUCACAGAAGACGUCAAAAUGCAGUAAGAACAUCAGUGACACACUCGGCUGCGCCUCGUUUCCCCCUUUUUGGUUCUUACUGCAUUUUGACGUCCUCUGUGAUGUAUUACUGAACAGACGCAGGGCAACUUGGAAUCUAUUUGUUAAAUUUAUGUUGUGGUUAAGAUAUAUAGUUCUCAUUAUAAUGUUCACUUUUAAUAGCUGGAAUAAUUUGUAAAGUACUUCAAACUUUGUUGUUCACUAGUUUCUUGUUACCACUGAAAAUAGAUGAUUGAUUAUGGAAAAAAAUUUCAGAUGAUUUUAAAAUUUAUGGGGAACUGAAAUCAUAGCCUUAAUCGUUUGUUUAUUGUCGUUAAUUUCCUUGUUUUUUUUGUCAAAUAUUGUAUAAAAACGUACUAUGGUAUUGAUAAGUGUUAUGUUUAAGUAAAGAACAACGUUUUGAAAGGAACGUAAAAAACUUGAAUCGCUAGAUAGACAACUAUUAGCUUCGUAAAAAAGGCGGUUAUUCAUCGUGGUGAAUAACAAUAAAAGGUCAGUUUUUUCGUUUGUCUC